GCAUGACAAAGACCUUGCAACCAGAGUGCCAUUAUUUUGGCUGAGAUAUUUAGACUGGGGCAGAUACAAGGAUACAACGAAGUUUAUUAGAUCCAUGUGGAGUUUUUUUUACUGUCACACCGAAAUAUAGAGGACAAGUGCAAAUGCACACAAUUGAAGAGGAGACAAUGUUUCUUUGCAGGCCCUACUCAGGUCAGAGGUGAGAAGCGCAUGCCACCUCCCCCCUCUCCACCCCAAAUGGAAAAUCUUUCUGCUCUCCUGGCAUUCUGCGUCAGCAGGGAGUGAUGUCAUCGGAGAGCGGGGCUGGGCCUGACAGGCGCUCAGACGCCCUGGCCAGGGCGAAGGAGGACGGGGACCACAUGGGCAGAGAAGACCCACCGCCACUCAAGUCUCCAGAACACCAGGCCAAGGGUGGGGGAAACGACGAGAGCCGCGGCUUGGUGGCCAGCAGCCUGGACGGAGACCGGGCCCAGGGCCCUGGAGCCAAAGGUAAACAACAACAGGAGGAGGAGAGGGAGGCAGCUCUUCCACAGGAGCCCUUAGGGAGCCAGCCGUCGGGAACGGACCAGCCUGGGGAACAGGUGAAGCAGGCAGAUGGAGUUAGGCCAGAUGUUUGUCAGAAUGAGAAAGACUCUGAGGGCAGUGACAGUGGAAGACCAGGGCAGCAGAGAAGGUCCAGACUGCCAUACGGCUCGGACAGAGACAGCUACAAGAGGCCCAUGGAACCUCUGGGGCCUGGACCUUUCUUUUUCAUUGGAGGCGGAAACGGGGCACCCAUAGUGGCUGCAUACUGUGAGAACAAAGGCUGGCAACGUAUUUAUGACAGAACACGAGAGGACUACAAACUGAAAUGGUGUGAGACCAGAUCAAUGGCAACUUACUAUAACUUCAAGGAGGGUGAGCAGUUGCUGUUCCAGAUCCCAAACAAUAAGGUCCUGACCUCCAAAAUCGGACUCCUCAACAGCCUUAGGGAAUAUGACAGGGUCAGCAGCAAAGUGAAUUGUGGAAGAGGACUCAGAAGCCUAAAGAUGGAUGACUUCUUUCCCGCCACUUUUCGUAUGGAUGUGAAAGACGAAAGAGAAGCUUUUUUUGCUCAGCAGGAAAGAGCCUGCCAGGAGACCUGUGGCGUGUGGAUCUGCAAACCCACAGACUCGAAUCAGGGGCGUGGCAUCUUCUUGCUCCGCUCCCCAGAGGACAUCAGUGCCUUCCGCGCCCGGUUGCAGACCAGCGCCGAAAACCAGAGCAGCAGCAAGCUCUCCUUCCGUCUUCCACAGGCACAAAUUGUCCAGAAGUAUGUGCAGAACCCGCUGCUCCUGCAAGGCAGAAAGUUUGACGUAAGGUCCUAUCUGCUCAUCGCCUCCACCACGCCAUUUAUGGUGUUUUUCCGUCAUGGCUAUGUUCGCCUUACAUGUGACCUUUAUGACCCCAACUCUAAAAACCUCUCAGCUCACUUGACGAACCAGUACAUGCAAAAGAAGAACCCUCUGUACAGCGAACUGAAGGAGGAAACGGUGUGGUCAAUCGAGCGCUUCAACGAGUACGUCAAUAAAAACUUCACAGCCACAGGGCUCGCCAAGGACUGGGUGCAUGGUGCCUUCACACGCCGCAUGCAGCAGAUUAUGCUGCAGUGCUUCAUGGCGGUCAAAGCCAAACUGGUGCGCAAGCUGGGCUUCUUUGACCUGAUUGGCUGUGAUUUCCUGAUUGAUGAGGACUUCAAGGUGUGGCUACUUGAGAUGAACUGCAACCCAGCUCUUCACACCAACUGCAAAGUGCUAAAGGAAGUCGUACCAAACAUAGUGACAGAAACUCUGGAUAAUAUGGCACAAAGUGAUGGUGAGUGUUUUGCAGACCUGGCUCUGGAGAUUUUUGAGAAGUGUCGCUAUAGGAUGAAGCUGCAGCCCCUGGCCAGCCAAAGAGACUUUGUGUUGCUGUACCGGGCAGACGAAGUUCCAACACCCAGCCAGAAGAGCAAGGGAGCCAGUGUCCAGUUGCAGGCACCGAAGAGCUCCACAGUCCAGGGGAGCACCCGCCCUAGACCUCAGAGACCUGCUGCGUUGGACACGUCCUCAGGAGACAAGCCAGCAAGCGCUGGUUUAGCUUCCUCCCUCUGCCCAGAUAUGUUUGCAAGCGCCAGCCCUUGUACAUCCUCCUCCUCCCUAACAAGCACGGCCCCACAGGAGAAGCCCCCAGCCCAGGCCCUUUCUGCAGGCGCCAGACCCUCCGGGAUCUUGCCGGCGACCCAUGCAGCCCUCAUUGCCGGCAAGCCACAACCCCCCCGACCCCAGGUGCGUCCGCCCAGACCCAAGCCGGUGCCAGUGCGCGUGGAGCUCCGGCUCAAAACGUGCACUUGGCAGCGUCCGAAGGCGCCCUCGCAGGAUAACACUGGCCCCAGCGCCGCUGCCAAGCACCCUCAACACAGCAUCAUGGCGCUGUCUGUGCCCACGCUGGGUAACAAGCGCAGCUCCAUACCCUACCCCCGUAAGGCCAUCUCCAGGGACAGGAGGCCCGGCCAGGACCUGAAGAACAUGAAUCUGAGACUGACCAAACUCCCGCCAGGUCACAGCACCUGGUCGGAGGGGCUGGAAGUGAACAAGGCAGCGGGCACGGAUAGCGACAGCGACAGGACCGGACUGGGAGACAAGGGUAAGACCUCAGUGAAGACAUGACGACCUCCUCACCAGCUGCCUUGAGGCUGUGAUUGGACACAUGUGACCACGAAUGGCUGAGCUCCACGGGUUCAACUGUUCGUGUAUGCCGUUUUGGUGCUGUUCAUGUUCAUCACUGCGAUAAUGUUUUCAAGAUAAGGUUUUCCAAUAAACUGAAUAAACAAA